AAUAACCCAAUUUUCCUAUCAACCUUGUCUGUGACUCCCUCUCCCCACCAAAAUGGCGGAUGCUGUAGUUUCCUUUGUCCUAGAGCAGUUAAAGACAACCAUCGUGGACAAGGCCUCUGAAGAGGUGGGGCUGCUAGUUGGUGUUCAGAAAGAAGUGGAAAAGCUUGAAAGAAAUCUUCGUCUCAUCAAUACUGUUCUCCGAGAUGCUGAGGAGAAGAAAAGAACGGACGAUCUUAAAAAUUGCAAAUCCUUUAUAACUUUCACUAGAGAGGGUGCACUGACUUAUGAGGCCUUGGGCAGCUUGUUUAAUCAUUGCAGACGCUUAAGGGUAUUGAGUUUUGCUUGGCCUGAUGGAACUGAUCAUUUAUGCAAAGAAAUUCCUGAAGGAAUAGGGAAAUUGAUACACUUGAGAUUCUUGCACUUGGCUUCUAGUCAAAAAUUAGAAAGGCUGCCUGAAGCACUCUGCAACCUACUUAAUUUGGAGUCUUUGGAUUUGUGGAACUGUGGAAAUCUCAAGCAGUUGCCAGAUUCAAUAGGAAAAUUAAUCAACUUGAGGUUUCUUUAUACUGCUGGUUGCUCUGCUCUCACUCAAUAUCCAAAAGGCGUACAAAAAUUGACUUCUCUUAGUCAUUUAAGUGGGCUCAUUGCCAGAGCUGAUUGUGAUGAUGCUAAAGAAUUUUGCCUUGCCGAUCUUGGAAACUUGAAGCACCUCCGUAUACUGGCUUUGAAAGUGGUGGGGAAUUCAAUCGAUAUGGAGGAGGCUAGAAAAGCUCAACUUCAGGACACCCAGAGUUUGUAUAUAUUUUUAGCUGGCAGUAUUCAGAGAGCAGACAUAAUUGAAGCCUUAGACCCACAUCGAAACAUACCAUAUUUAAGGUUCUACGGCGACUACUGGUUUGAAUUGCCCCUAGGGUCCCCAUGAAUACAAAAGGUAAUCCAUUUAUCCCAUAUAAAUGCUCUUUUUCAGUUUUCCCAAUGAGAAAUCAUCCUAUGUAUGUGCUCUUCAAAUUGAAAUUUUUCUUCGAACAUUGCUGAUUUCUAAUUAAGCUUCCUCAUACUAACCAAAUAUGGACUUUGCUUUGCAAUUGACUGCUUCUCUGUGGGAUGCAGCUUACUUUCCCAAGGUAAUGUUUUAUACCAUAUAGAGCAGUAAUGCUUUCAUUUUUCUAGUUUAAAAAGUAUUGUGUUGUUUAAAAUAUAUAAUUUAAACUAUU